GACGCUCGGAGGCUCCAGAUUGCCCAGGGGCGGAGUUUGACGUUUGCUGUGGGGGAAGCCUGGGAAGCAGUCCUGUGCCGCGGGUGGGGUUUAGGUGAACCGUAAUGCGGGGGGCGGGGGGUGGCUCUACCCCCACCUCGGAGAAACUUUAGCAACGGAGUAGAUGAGCAUGGGGUGAAGUCGGUGAAGGAGUAGACACACUGGGGUGAAGUGGGCAGGAGAAUAGAUACGCUUGGGGGUGAAGUUUGGCUGGGGUGAAGUUUAGGGGAGGCGUUGCUUAGGCCCUUACCUUGGGAUAGGGUUUGGGUGAGUUGGGAGCUGGUUGAAGACCUCGAGCUCAGAUGACAGAAAGUUAGGACUUGGGAUUCGGCGAUGGGAAGGGGCACCCGGAGCUCGGUAGCGCGGCGGGCAAGGCAGGCGCCAUGACCCUGAUUGAAGGGGUGGGUGAUGAGGUGACCGUCCUUUUCUCGGUGCUUGCCUGCCUUCUGGUGCUGGCCCUCGCCUGGGUCUCAACGCACACCGCUGAGGGCGGGGACCCACUGCCCCAGCCGUCAGGGACCCCAACGCCAUCCCAGCCCAGCGCAGCCAUGGCAGCUACCGACACCAUGAGAGCGGAGGUCCCAGGGGCAGAGACUCCCAGCCUGAGACACAGAGGUCAAGCUGCACAGCCAGAGCCCAGCACGGGGGUCACAGCAACACCACCAGCCCCGGACUCCCCGCAGGAGCCCCUCGUGCUACGGCUGAAAUUCCUCAAUGAUUCAGAGCAGGUGGCCAGGGCCUGGCCCCAAGACACCAUUGGCUCCUUGAAAAGGACCCAGUUUCCUGGCCGGGAACAGCAGGUGCGACUCAUCUACCAAGGGCAGCUGCUAGGCGACGACACCCAGACCCUGGGCAGCCUUCACCUCCCUCCCAACUGCGUUCUCCACUGCCACGUGUCCACGAGGGUCGGCCCCCCAAAUCCCCCCUGCCCGCCGGGGUCCGAGCCCGGCCCCUCCGGGCUGGAAAUCGGCAGCCUGCUGCUGCCCCUGCUGCUCCUGCUGCUGCUGCUGCUCUGGUACUGCCAGAUCCAGUACCGGCCCUUCUUUCCCCUGACCGCCACUCUGGGCCUGGCCGGCUUCACCCUGCUCCUCAGUCUCCUGGCCUUCGCCAUGUACCGCCCGUAGUGCCUCCGCGGGCGUUUGGCAGCGUCGCCGGCCCCUCUGGACCUUGCUCCCCGCGCCGCAGCGGGAGCUGCUGCCUGCCCAGGCCCGUCUCUCCCGCCUGCCUCUUCCCGCUGCCCUGGAGCCCAGCCCUGCGCCGCAGAAGACUCCAGGGGCUGGCAGAGGCCCCGCCCUGCGACCACCGGGGCUCGGGGCCACCUCCCGGGGCUGCUGGCCCUCAGUCCGCACUGGGAGUGGGCUCCUCGGGGUCGGGCAUCUGCUGUCGCUGCCUCGGCCCCGGGCAGAGCCCGGCCGCCCCCGGGGCCCGUCUUAGCGUUCUGCCGGAGGACCCAGCCGCCUCCAAUCCCUGACAGCUCCUUGGCCUGAGUUGGGGACGCCAGGACGGUGGGAGGCAGGUGAAGGGGAGGGGCAUAGGAGUUCCCCGGAACCUGUGCAGAUUAAAGUAACUGUGAAGUUUUCACU